AUGAACCAAUAAGACAACCUUUUUCGGCAAUGCCACCUCCUAGUGGUAGAGCUGUUUCACAUGUGUGGUCGUAUUUCACAAAAGAACCAACCGAGAAUCCAGAUAUUUUCUUAUGCACUUGUCAAAUUUGUGAAAGUCAAGGAGUAAAGCCCUUAGUUUCAUACAGUUUCGCCAGAGGUGGUGGUACGGGAUCUUUUAACAAACAUUUGGCAAAGAAGCAUGGAAUCACAAAAGAAACUCAUGCAGCAAGCGGCAGCGGGACCACAAGUGGAAGCCGACAGACACAAUGGGAAAUUCCCAGCACAGGUAUGCCUUUUAGAUAUAAUCGUAAUGACAUGAUUGAUGAAUUUUCUAGGUAUGUAAUUUGUGAUGAAUUGCCUUUUAACCACGGUGAAAGUAGGGCAUACGAGCGUCUCAAUAGAAAAACUUUGCAACCACAAUAUAGAGCAAUCCCUAGGAGCACUCUUAAAAGACGCACAAUUAAAUUAUACGAAUCAAUGCGCUAUGAAUUAGUUGAAAUGUUUAAAUCGUUUAAUGGUAGGGUUAGCAUAACAACUGACAUUUGGUCUGCUCCCCCACAUUUAGAACCUUAUAUCUGGGGUACUGCUUAA